AUGUUUGACGGUGACUUCAGUCCAUCAACAUCGCGGACCGGUGACGAUUAUGACGAAUUCGACGAUCUGAAUUCGCUCGGAGAAAAAGCUACAUCGUCGAGAUUCCAAGAUGAAAAUCAACCACCGAAAGCGACGAAAAAGCGAGAUCGAGAAAACAGAACGGCAUUGAUAACGAAGAAACCCAAGCUCUUUAAGAAUUUGGAGAUGGGUAAACACGGCGGCAUAGUUCAUGGCAGAGUACUGUCGAAAUCCAAUGUGAAAAAUUGGCAGACGAACGGAAAAGAUGGGCAAUUGUGUUCGUUCGUCAUGGAAGAUAGUUCAGGCUCGGUUCAAAGCAACGCAUUGUUCAACAAGACGAAUAACCCAGUUGAAAUUCAUUUGACCAAGUUGAGUCAGAUAAAAGCCAUCCAAGGAAAAAAUUUGCCGAAGACAACGAUUGAAAGCAUCACAAUCGCCGAAAUCCUUCAUACAGAGCAAAACAAGCUGAUUGAUCUCAUCGGAAUCGUCUAUGACAUAGGGCCAUCACAGAACCUGUCAUGUAGGGACGGAAUCGUUCGACAGAAAUACAACGUAAAGAUCGUUGACGACUCGCUUAAAGUCGUCAGUCUCGGAAUAUGGAAGAACUCGCACAAUUUCGCGAAUACAGAAGGCAAAUGCCUUGCAAUGAAAAACCUCAUCGUCAGGGAAUAUGCCGGAAAGAAGGUCUUAGCUACGACGGACAGUACUGUCGUCAAACACGAACAGGAUGAUGUUAACAUGAAACGAUUGCAAAACUGGUGGAUUCGCGAGGGCCAGUAUGAGGAGUUCGAGGAGCUGGAAGUUCCCAAACAACUCGCUACUCCAACCCCAAACGGGGAGUGA